CACGUGCUCACAAAACUAUAGGGUGCGUACCCGGAAACGUAGACUUGUUCCUCCACGGUCUGGAUGAGGGCAUCACUGGCUGAGGCAGCGUUUAUGACCUGUCCCUAACAACCUUUGAAGAGGUGGUGAUAAGCCAUUUUGAACCACUUGUCUAUGCGAUACAGGUUUGACCACUUUUCAACUAUUGUUUAAAAUCUACACAGACUGAAAGUGCUGGAACAGAUUCCGCUUGAAUCAGAAUCCUGAGUCAAACAUUUGUGAGCGAAGAUGAAGAUUGCUGCAUUUAAUAUUCAGCGGCUUGGGAUAAGCAAAAUCUCCAAACCCAAAGUCAUGUCAACAAUUAUCAAUAUUUUAUUGCGCUAUGACAUUACCCUGAUAAUGGAAGUCAUUGACAAGACAGAAGAAGCCACCACAAAGCUGAUGGAGGAGCUCAAUAAACAAGCUAAAAACCAUUACUCCUUUGUACUAAGCAAGCCCCUGGGACGAAAGACUUACAAGGAGCAGUAUCUCUUUAUUUAUCGUGAUGAUAUUGUGGAAGUAGAAAGAAGUUUUCAAUAUGAAGACAUGCAGCCGGGAGAUGAGGAUGCUUUCUCCAGGGAACCAUUCGUGAUUCAGUUCAAAUCUCCAACCACAGUUGUGAAGAACUUUGUGCUCAUUCCCCAACACACAUGCCCUGAAGAUUCAGUCAGGGAAGUCGACGAAUUAUAUGACGUCUUCCUGAAGAUCAAAAAGGAGUGGAACAUUAAGAACAUUAUGAUACUUGGGGACUUUAAUGCUGAUGGAAGGUACGUGACGAAGCAGGAGAUGAAAACAAUCCGACUCAGAACCGACAAUAAUUUUCACUGGCUCAUUGGCGAUGAUGAGGACACCACCACAAAUGUAAAGACAGACCGGGCUUAUGACAGGAUUGUUGUUUACGGAGAUUGGUUUUAUAAGCAGAUUGUUCCAAAUUCUGCUAAGCCCUUCAACUUUCAGGAAGCACUGGAGCUGACUGAAGAGCAGGCUUUGGAUGUGAGUGAUCACUACCCUGUUGAGGUGGAACUCAAAAUUAAGAAAUGAAAGACAGAGUCAGUGGAGGUGAGAGCAUCGCAAGAACAGAAACUGCGCAACUUCUCGAAAAUGCUGAACUAAUUGUUGAAUCUUAACAAAAUUUGAUGUGUUUAUUGAUUUCAGUAUCUAAAAAUCCAUACUUAUGUCAUCAGCUGCACUGGAAAAUACAAACAAUUUGACCAUUUUUAUUCUUACAGCAGAAAGCAGGUUCCCUCACUUUUAAUAAUAAAAGUAGCAACUCACAUCAAGGACAGCAAGAUACAAAUGUUAUAUCCAUUUGAGCACUGAUGCCCCAGCGACCAUUUAGUGAAUGUCAUUACUAGUGACUGUCUACUGAAUCCUGGCAACAAUUCCCUGACUUAGUUCCUGUCAUGGUAGGAUGAUGUGUUUUUCAGCUGUAAACAUAUUUAACAAUACUCGCUUUCAAGAAAGGUCAUUGAUCUGAAAUGCUCCUCUCUCA